AUGGAGGAACAAGAAGUCCGGGCCGCUAAAAUCAUUGACGGGAAAGCAAUUGCAAAAGCGAUUGUCAAGAACGUCAAGACCGAGAUUGACCAGUUCAAACUCCAGAACCCAACCUUCCAACCGCGACUUGCGAUAGUGCAGUUGGGAGAGAAGGAGGAUUCUAACGUUUACGUGGCAAUGAAGAAGAAGACGUGCAAAAGGGCUGGGAUCGAGUAUACAGAGCACCACAUGCACGAGUCCACUUCACUCGCAGAGCUGCUGGACAUCAUCGGGAAGCUGAACGCAGACCCCGACAUGCAUGGUAUCUUAGUUCAGCUACCAUUACCACCGCAUAUUGACGCAAAGAUCGUUACGGAAGCGAUUGAUCCAAUCAAGGACAUUGAUGGGUUUCAUACGACCAACAUUGGACGACUGGCCAAAUUGUCAACAAUGCCCGACUUUGUGCCAUGCACACCAAAGGGGGUUCUGGAGUUGAUUCGAUCUACAGGAAUUGAGAUCGAAGGCAAGGCUGCCGUUGUUGUCGGACGCAGCGACGUUGUUGGUGCUCCAACAUUUCAUUUGCUUAACAAGAACAAUGCCACAGUGACGCUUUGCCAUGACAAGACCAAAAAUCUUGCUGAGACUGUCAAGACAGCCGAUAUCCUAGUGGUUGCGACCGGCCAUGCUGAGCUCAUCAAAGGGAACUGGCUCAAGAAGGGCGCAGUGGUCAUUGACGUUGGAAUCAACACUCAGAAAGACCUUACCAAAAAGAGAGGUGUCCGCCUCGUUGGCGAUGUCGAGUUCUCUAAGGCUCAACAGGUCGCUGGCCACAUCACCGCUGUUCCUGGGGGCGUGGGUCCCAUGACCGUGGCAAUGCUCAUGGAGAACACGCUGCUCUCAGCACGUCGAUUCUGGCAAACCCAGGUCGAAGCAGGCGCACUGUCCAAGAUCACGCCUUUACCACUAACUCUCAAGGAACCAGUCCCUAGUGAUAUCGAUAUCGCGUUGGGACAGACACCCAAAGUCAUCAAACAGGUCGCAGAAGAGAUUGGGUUGGGGCCUGAUGAGUUUGAGAUGUAUGGCAAAUAUAAGGCCAAAGUCGAUCCCGGAGUCUUGGAGCGUCUUGAGCACCGUCAGAAUGGCCGCUACGUUGUUGUGACGGGUAUCACGCCCACGCCCCUGGGUGAAGGAAAGUCAACGACGGUCGUAGGCCUAGUUCAGGCGCUGGGAGCACACUUGGACAAGAUCGCGUUUGGAUGUGUGCGUCAGCCCUCUCAGGGUCCCACAUUCGGUAUCAAAGGCGGUGCUGCUGGAGGUGGAUACUCUCAGAUCAUCCCAAUGGACGAGUUCAACCUGCAUUUGACUGGAGAUAUCCAUGCGGUCACCGCUGCCAACAACUUGCUUGCUGCUGCGAUUGAUGCACGCAUGUUCCAUGAAUCGGGCGCUACCGAUACGAUGCUCUUUAACCGCUUGUGUCCCAAGAAGAAGGGCAAGCGCAUGUUUGCGCCAGUGAUGCUCGAGCGAUUGACGCGCCUUGGGGUCCAUAAGAGCGGACCUGAUGAUCUGACGCCCGAGGAGAUCUCGAAGUUUGUAAGACUUGACAUCGAUCCAACUACGAUCACCUGGCAGCGCGUCAUGGAUACAAAUGACCGAUUCCUACGCAAAAUCGAGGUUGGACGCAAUGCAACCGAAGAAGGCCACGAGCGCAUGACCGGAUUUGAUAUUGCUGUCGCGUCCGAGGUCAUGGCCGUGUUAGCACUCAGUGCGGACCUGAAGGAUAUGCGCAAACGGUUGGGAAGGAUGGUGGUGGCGAGCAACCGGUCCGGCCAGCCAGUAACGGCAGAUGAUAUUGGAAUCGGCGGUGCAUUGACGGUACUGAUGAAAGAUGCGAUCAAGCCCAAUUUGAUGCAGACACUUGAAGGUACGCCGGUAUUUGUUCAUGCUGGGCCGUUUGCGAACAUUGCACACGGCAACUCUUCCGUGAUUGCGGAUCGGAUUGCGCUCAAGCUGGCAGGAGUGGAGCCAGGGAUGAAUCCAAGUAACAUGGGAUACGUAGUCACCGAAGCCGGGUUCGGCGCAGAUAUCGGGAUGGAAAAGUUUUUCGACAUCAAGUGCCGUGUCAGCAACUUGGUCCCGAACGCGGUCGUCCUGGUUGCGACUGUGAAAGCACUCAAGAUGCAUGGUGGCGGGCCAGAGGUCGUCCCGGGAAGGCCUCUGCCAGAGGUAUACUUGAGCGAGAACUUGCCGAUGCUGGCGGCUGGAUGUGCCAACUUGAGGAAACACAUUCAGAACGCAAAAAAGUUUGGCGUGCCAGUCGUGGUAGCGAUCAACAAGUUCACGUCGGAUACGGAUGCAGAGAUGGCGUUGAUUCGUAAGUUAGCCUUGGAAGCUGGUGCCUCGGAUGCGCUGCCGUGUGAUAACUGGGCCAAAGGUGGGCUGGGCGCUAUCGAGCUCGGUAAGGCGGUGGUGGAGGCGUGCGAUAAGCCGAGCGAUUUCAGGUACCUGUAUGAUGUCCAAGACGGCAUUGAAGCCAAGAUUGAGACGAUCGCGAAGGAGAUGUAUGGAGCGGAUGGGAUCGAUCUGUCCAAAGAAGCUCAGGACAAGAUCUCGACAUACACGCGCCAGGGAUUCGCUGGAUUGCCGAUCUGCAUGGCCAAGACACACUUGUCGCUCUCGCACGACCCAACUAGGAAGGGGGUGCCGACAGGGUUCCGUCUGCCAAUCCGUGACAUCCGCGCGUCCGUAGGUGCUGGAUUCCUAUACCCACUGAUCGGCAACAUGCAAACUAUGCCCGGUCUCCCAACGCGGCCAUCCUUUUAUGACAUUGAUAUCGAUUUCAAAACAGGUCGCGUCGUCGGCCUGUUCUAA